UCAUUCGUUUCGCGACGUUCUCAGCUGGCGGCGCUUCCAGCUCCAGACAAGGGAUUUACAAUAGCGGAAUAAAACCAAGAGAAUCUCUUAUUUGACGCAGACAGAAGUAAAGAAAACGAAAUCGAAAUCCAUAAUAAAAAGCUGCCAAAAUGGCCUUCAUGCCGUGUUUCUAUGUUCCCAAGCGGAUCAAUGUGGCUAUAAUGUUGUUUAUGGCCUGCCUGCUGAGCUAUAUGAUGCGAGUCAAUUUGUCCAUUAAUAUAAUUGCCAUGGUCGAGGAUUCAGCCAGUCAUAAUAGCACCGAAGGAGCAGCAGCUCUUCCCGAUUAUGGUCCACGCUACAAUUGGACGCAACAGGAUCAGGCCCUACUGCUGGGCGCCUAUUUCUAUGGUUAUAUGAUCACCUCAUUGCCGGCUGGAACUCUGGCCGAAAUGAUGGGUGGACGCAAUGUGGCCGGCUACAGUUGCCUGGUGGCUGGCAUUCUGACAGCUCUUACACCCGCCGCUGCUGCCUGGGAUAAAUAUGCUGUGUUUGCAGUGCGUUUCCUUAUCGGCCUUAUGAACGGCGUUGUGUAUCCUUGUUGUCACAAUUUGGUCUCAAAGUGGUCACCGCCCGAGGAGAAGGGCAAGUUUGUUGCCUCCCUAAUGGGUGGAACAUUUGGCACUGUCAUAACAUGGCCUCUCAGCGGACUGAUCAUCGAGAACAUGGGCUGGGAUUGGGCAUUCUAUAUAGUGGGUAUAUUCGUGCUGAUUGUGGUGGCCGUUUGGUUCUAUUUGGUUGCCGAUACGCCGGCUCAACAUAGUACGAUCAGUAUUAAAGAACGCGAAUAUAUUGAAACAAGUCUGGGCGAUACUCUAAGCAAUAAGAAGAAAUGGCCACCAUAUAAGGAGUUGAUAUUAUCCUUGCCCUUCUGGUCCUUGAUGCUUUUGCAUUAUGGCAGCAUGUGGGGUCUUUUCUUCCUGAUUACGGCCACACCCAAGUUCCUUAGCGAAGUCCUGGGCUUCAAUCUAUCAUCUGCCGGGUUCCUCUCCAGUUUGCCACAUGUGGCACGUUUGAUUUGUGCCUUUGGUUUCGGCUCUGUGGCCGAUUGGAUACGUUCACGUGGCUGGUGGACAGUAACAAUGAUGCGUAAAGCCUUUUGCUUGCCAUCACACAUCUUGCCGGGCAUUAUGCUCAUUAUCUUGGCCUACUUUGGACGUGAUCCUUAUGUGUGUGUGGCCAUUAUGACCAUUUCAUUGGGUUUCAAUGGCGCUGCAACUGCCUCCAAUUUGGCCAACUCACAGGAUUUGGCUCCAAACUAUGCCGGAACUCUUUACGGCAUUAUUAAUUGCAUUGGCACAACUCCUGGAAUUUUCUCACCUUUGAUUGUGGCUGCCUUUACCAAAGAACAGAAUACCAUCGAUCAGUGGCAUUGGAUAUUUAUUAUUGGAGCUGCUGCCUAUAUAUUGCCUGCUAUAUUUUUCUGGAUCUUUGGUUCGGGUAAAAUACAAAAAUGGAAUGAAGUUCAAACCACCGAAUCACGCGAGGAUAUUGUCAAUACAAAAUUAUAAAAUUUGUUCUGUGAUGUUUUAAUCAUUAACAUACCUAAAAUAUAUAUACUUUUUCCUCUAGUAUUAGUUGCCAUAAUUAUGAUAUAUACAUUUUUUUUUAUGUGAAAAAACGAGUCCUAUUACAAAUAAAACUCUGUAUUUAUUGUUAUAAAAUGAA